UCAAUGCUUCUUAUUUUUAAACAUCAUCAUAAACGAACUUGUAGAAUACUUUGAUAAGAAAGAGAGGUUAUGAAAUGUGUUUUCAUUUUUGAAGAAAAAGUUAGAAGUACUUCUUAAAUCUCAAUCCAUCAAAUCACUCAACUUAAAAUGAAUGAAACCAUAAAUAAAACUGAGACCAACAAAGAAGAUGGCUCGACUAAAAAAAAGAAAAAGCCCAAAAUUAGCAAAGCUGAAAAAAGACGUUUAAAACUUUUAGCAGCAAUGGAUCUCAAAAAGCGUUUAAUGAAAGAACAACUUCUUCGUGAAUUAGAAUUGACAAAAAACUCUUCAAAGCAAGGCAAAUUGAAAUGGGAAGAAAUUUGCAAAGAUAUUAAAGUUAAAGAAUUUCGUGAAGAAAUUCAAGAAUGGAGUGAAAAAACUGAAAGAAUUUUACAAAAGAAAGAUGAAAAAAUUGAUAUGUUGAUGAAAAAUAUUGAAGAAACUCAGGAAAUGCAUGAGCGGAAUUUUUGUCAACAUUUAGAUCAGCUAGAGUAUUUGACAAAUUGUCAUCAAACUCUUCGUGAAACUGCCACAGAACUAUACAACAUGCAAGCCUCGGAUUUAAUUCAAGACUUCUUCGAUGAAAUCAGUGGGAUUCAAGAAGUUCAAGAAAAAACUAAACUUAACAUCGAAAACAUCAUGCAUACAACAAAUAUUGAUGUUAAAAAAAGGCUCCGGGAAAAUUAUGAGCUUUAUAUGGAAAGAAAUUUUGACGAAGUUACUUCUGAGAUUGAAACUCGUUACAUUCUUCGUGACAGGACUGUUCAAAAAAUGAAUGACUUACAAAAACAACUCUUGAAUUGGGUAAAAGAUCUACAAGGUGAUCUAGUGGAUGUUAGGAAGACUGAAAACUUUUUAAAUUUCAUGCAAAGACAGAAGAACUAUGUCGUUGAAGCAAAAAGGCUUAACGAAAUUGAACGUUCGAGUCAGAAGACAAUUUCGGAAUUGCAACAGGAACUAUUGCAUAUUGAAGCUGAAUCGAAUCGAAAAGUUUAUGGAUUGAAACUGGAACAGGCUUAUUUUUUGAAUGUUCGAUCGAUCAUUAAGAGUUCGAUAGAACGUGAUAAAAUUUUAACGCAUGAAAAGAUGUUAAAAGUGUCGAGUGAGAGCUAUGAAGUAAUUAAGAAAUUGAAAGAGCGGGUCAAUUAUGGAGAACUUUUGCUAAAGUUAGCAGCUUGUUGUAGGAAGUAUCAGACUGAAAAGGAGAAGGUUAUUCCGUUUCAAUAUUCUCAAGAAGAAGACGAAGAAGAGGCGCGGUUGAACAUGAAUUCUGAUAUUGCAAAGCUUUUGGACAUUUCUGAGGAGGAACUGACAGACGAAAUGAACAUUAUGAAAAACUUCUGGCGUCGUUGUUCCGAUGUCAGGUAUCACAAUCUUCUUCUAAAAAAAGAUCAAGCCAAACUUACCGAAGAAAAUGAAAAAUACCGAAACAUUAUUCGUUCAAUGAAGAAAUCCGGUGAUGUUCAAGACAUUUUACAAGCUUUGAAAAUAAAACAAGUUUAAAUCAA